AUGAGAGAGCUCGACGCCGUAACCCAGCCUCUAUUCAAGCUGCUUUCGCUGGUGGUAGACGAAGGAUUAGCGCUCAUCGAGCCCAUUGUUUCGCAGCAUUCAAGCGAAAGACCUAAUAGAAGAACACAAACAGAGACACCAUUGGAAAGAGAGCUCCAGGGCCUCGAGAACGAGACUACUGCCGUAAAAUCUUCUAAUGGACAUGCAGCUGACGACAAUUCUUCUCCUUCUACUUUGGCUUACACAGAUGAAAUGCGAAUAGAAGCGCCAUCAUCGGAAAACAUCUUGGAGCAGCUCCCCCCCGCUAAGCUUGCUACACCUUCGAUUUCGAUACAAGCUGUAUUCAUCGAUGAUGGGGUCGUGAGUCGCAUCCGACCUAAGAAAGCUAUCGCCGCUACUCAAGCUGUUCCCGCCGCCGAACCAAAGAAGUACAAGAUCCAAAUCCCAGGACCCAAGAAAGCCAAUGCUUCAGCUCAAACAAUCUCUGUGGCAAAGGUGAAGGUUGAAGAGAAUGAGUCUGAUGCUGAUGAUGCUGCCGCUGGUGUUUUCCUGGCCCGAAUAUCGUCAUAUAAGCCAACCCGGUUGAGGUUCACUCUGGUAAGCCGGCAGUCAUGGUUUGAAGACAAGAGGGGAGAUGGAAUGGAGAUGGAAUAG